AUGUAUAUGAAGGACACUUACCAGGCUUCUUAUAGACCAGUCAUAUAUCCAACCAAUAGUGAAAACUUAUGGGAAGAGACGUUAUACCCCAACAUACUACCACCACCAUUAAGAAGAGCAACAGAGAGGUCUAAGAGAAGAAGAAACAAAGAUAUUUAUGAAAAGAGAAAAGAUACAACAACUAUUAGUAGGAAAGAGCUGUCAAAUAAAUGCUCAAUGUGUGGUAAAUCUGGCCACAACAAAUCCUCAUGCCCAACUUCAUCAACAUCAAGACAACUUGAACAAUCCCAAACACAACCAAUCCAACCUUAA